AUGGAGUACUUGGAAACCAACUUGAGAGAAUUAGAUAAUUUUCCUUUGAUUUCCACCCUUCUCUAUGGUUCUUCAAACCCUCUGAAAUUGAUGAAACCAGAAAACCCUCCUCCCACCACCAUCAAAACCACUACCACCAAUGGGAAUCUUUAUUCUCUCUCUAGAUCCUCCCCUCCACCACCCAGUUCUCCUAAGGCUUUGUUUCAUCACCCCAAUUCCAUAAAUCAUGGGUUUAAUCGCGUUUCUCAUUCCCAUGAGUACAAUCUCACUCCAAAGACUGAUCAUUUCACAACCACUGAGGCCGGUUCUUCAUCCAACCCCUUCAGCAAGAUUUCAACCACAUGCAACACCCUUAAUAACCCCUUUGAACCUUCACCUUAUACCCCAAAUUAUCACCGCCAUCAUUUCGUGAUAUCCGAUUGUGGCGAAAGCGAAUUGGUGGCGAUGCAUGGAUUUCAUGAUGGUGUUAGAGGCUGUUUGGGUUAUCGUCCCGACCAUCAAGAGAUUCCUCAUGACCAGCAGAUGGGGUCAGAAAGCUGUGUGCAGCUCCCACCAUUGGUAAUUUAUGGUGAAUUCGGGUCCUCAUCAGCUCCAGCGAUGCGUCUGCCUUCAGAUGAUAUUCCAAGGCUCUCAGCUGAUGAAAAGAAGAGCAAAAGGUUGUGCGAGGGAGGAGCCAUCAAACUCUUGCACAAGAAACCUGAUAUAAUAAAAGGCCAAUGGAGUCCUGAGGAAGACAGACACUUGGUACAAUUGGUUGGCAGGUUUGGAAUUAAGAAGUGGUCUGAUAUUGCUAACCAGCUGACGGGGAGAGUGGGAAAGCAAUUAUUUGUCAAUAAAGAAGUGUGGAGCGAGGAAGAGGACAAGAUACUGAUCGAAGCCCACAAGAAAAUGGGGAACAGAUGGGCAGAAAUGGCAAAGAUAUUGCCUGGAAGAACAGAAAACACCAUCAAGAAUCACUGGAACGCAACAAAGAGGAAGCAAAACUCAAAGAGGAAGAGCAACAAGCAGGACUCGUCCAAUAACAAUUACAAUGAGAGCUCUAUGUUGCAGGACUACAUCAGGAGCGUGGUCAGUAGCACUACUACUGGUACUCCUAGUACUGCUUCCGCCAACUCUACCGGAACUAUGGAGAACAAAGCGGUGCUGUCGUCUGUAGUCUCACCGUAUCAUCAGUCUGGGAUGCACAUUAAUCAGAACAACAUUGUCGAGAGCCCAGACGCAACCAACUCCGUGAAUUGGGAUCUCACGGGUUAUCGUCCAGAACCUUUUGACAGUGAGGCCUCCAACAUGAACAAUCACAUGGUUGAUGGUGUUACAACUCUUUCUGAUUUCGACAAGAGUAACAUGUUCAAUAUUUUUGAAAGCUAUGGACUUGGUGGGUACCUGCAGCAGAGAAUGGCAAGCAGCAGCACUUCUAGGGUUAAGGAUCCUAGCUGCAGCAUGGAGUAUGAACUGCCAUUUUUUCCAUUGGAGAUGAACAACUUUAGGCAGGGGACAUGA